UUUUCUUUAUGUAAAUAUCUAAGCACUCUCUGGAGUGUUGAUGAAGGAGUGCGUGAACAGGACUCUUAUUUUGAUGUGGAGGCAUGACGUCAUAAGGCUGCGGCGCGCUCCCGCGUCUGUUUCAGCUGGAGAAAGGACAAAGUGUCUAAACUCACAGAAAACCUCCUGCUGAAGCGACUGAGAUCCACGUGACACACGAUUAUAAAGAUGGAGAUUAUUAAAGAGGAAAGAGAAGAUAUUAAGAUUGAAGAAACAUUCAGCGUCAAACAUGAAGAUACUGAGGAACAAACAAAGAUAGAGUUUAUUAAAGAAGAGAGUGAAGAAACAUUCAGAGUAAAACAUGAAGAAAUUGAGGAAAAAACAGACCUGAUAGCACUGAAAGAGGAGAGUGAAGAACUGAAUGAAAUUGAAGAGAAAGAUCAUGAUUCCAUAAAUGGAGAAAAAUAUUUUAGUUGGUCACAGACUGAAAAGACUUCCUCAAGAAAAAUGGCUCAAAAGACAGGACUAAAUCAUUAUUUCAUCUGCGAACCGUGUGGAAGAAGUUUCAUUAAAAAAGAAAGCCUUAACAGACACAUGAGGGUUCACAUUGGAGAGAAGCCUCACACCUGCUCUCGGUGUAGAAAGAGUUUUGAUCAACAUGAAAACCUUGAAGUCCACAUGAGAACUCGUAGAAAGAAACUCUACAAGUGCUCUGAGUGUGGAAAGAGUUUCGGUCAAAAACGACACUUUGAAGGCCACAUGAGAAUUCACUCUGAAAAGCAAUUCUACACAUGCCCUCAGUGCGGAAAGAGUUUUAAUCAUAAAGGACGUUUUGAAGAUCACAUAAGAAUUCACACUGGAGAGAAGCUUUUCACCUGCCAACAAUGUGAAAGAAGUUUCAGCCAAAAAGGAAACCUUGACAGGCACAUGAGUGUUCACACUGGAGAAAAGCCUUACACCUGCCAACAGUGUGGAAGAGAUUUCAACCGCAAAGAAAACCUUAUCUCCCAUAUGAGUGUUCACACUAGAAAGAGUCUUUUCACCUGCCAACAGUGUAGAGUAAGUUUCACUCAAAAAGAAGGCUUUAACAGACACAUGAAAAUUCACAAUGUAGAGCAGCUUUACACAUGCGAACAGUGUGGAGAGAGUUUUGAUCAACAUGGAAACCUUGAAGUCCACAUGGAAACUCAUAGAGAGAAACCCUACACAUGCUUCGAGUGUGGAAAGAGUUUCUGUCAAAAACAACAGUUUGAAUACCACAUGACAAUUCACACUGGAGAGAAACCCUACACAUGCCCUCAGUGCGGAAAGAGUUUUAAUCAUAAACGACACUUGAAAGACCACAAAAUGAUUCACACUGGAGAGAAACCUUUCACCUGCCAAAAAUGUGGAAGAAGUUUCAACCAAAAAGGAAACCUUGACAGACACAUAAACCAACACACUGACGAGAAACCGUUUAUAUGUGGACACUGCGGAAAGAGUUGUAAAAAUAAAUCGGCAUUUACACACCAUAUGAGUUUUUACAUUUGA